CACCGGCGGGGGCGGAGCUAAAAGCCAGCCCCACCCCUCUCUAUGACUACCUGCGGGCUCAGCGUGGUUUAAAGGGAUGGUGUCCCACAGGAUCAAAUUUCAGCGUCACAGCUGGGGACAGGCUUCGUGGUCCCUGAUGGGAGAGCUUGAGCAGGUGGUAUGUGGUUCUUCCCUGGACAAGACCUUGGACUGUACAACUCACUGGUCCAGAACCCCAGAACUAGAGACCUUGGGGCCAGCUGCUUCAGAGAACACAGUGACGAGUAUAGACUGGAAGCGAGGGAGGGACUCAGGGCCUCGGUCGAGUGGGUAUCCCCCCUUGCCCAACUCAGACUCCUCGCAGGAGCACUGUAAUGACCAGGAACUGGUGAAGAAGCGUCAGAGCAUCACUAAGAAGCCGUUGGAGACCAACUCUGCCAAAGUCAAAGUUAAGUCCACCAUGAUUCCUGACACGCAGAAGCUCCUGAGAUGCGAACUGGAGGCACUCAAGAACCAGCUACAGGCCCAGACCAAGGCUUUCGAGUUCCUAAAUCACUCAGUGACCAUGUUGGAGAAGGAGAGCUGCCUGCAGCAAAUCAAGAUCCAACAACUUGAAGAAGUCCUGUGCCCCACAAGUCGGCAGAAAGAGAAGGAUGGAAACAAGUGGAACACGGAGCAGGGACAGCAAGAGCUGUAUGGGGCCCUGGCAGAAGGCCUGGAGGGGCUGCAGAAGACCCUGCGGGACAGUGAGGAGGUGCAGCGGGCCCGUACUACCCGCUGCCUGCAGCUGCUGGCCCAGGAGAUCCGAGACAGCAAGAAAUUCCUGUGGGAGGAGCUGGAGCUGGUUCGGGAGGAGGUGACCUUCAUCUAUCAGAAGCUCCAGGCACAGGAGGAGGAGAUCACUGAGAACUUGGUGAACAUCCAGAAGAUGCAGAAGACCCAGGUGAAGUGCCGUAAGGUCUUGACCAAGAUGAAACAGCAGGGGUAUGAGACAUCCAACUGGCUGGAGACAGAGGAGAUGACAUCAGGAGGCAAUGGCUCUUGGAGGGGUGACCUCCAGAAGGAGCUGAGUGACAUAUGGUCUGCUGUGCACAUGCUGCAGAACUCUUUUGAUGGCCUCACCAUUUCCUCGGGGGUCCGCCCCAGGGCUGCAAGCCUCAGGGGCUACAAGGAACACCGAUGCCUGAGCCCUCCACACCCCUCCUGGGAUUCGGACUCAGACUCAGACCAGGACCCUUCCCAGCCCCCGUUCAGCAAAAGCCACUCCUUCCCACCAGCCUGAGCAGCAGGGGCUGCUCUCCCCGGAGACCCCAUCAGAGAGAAAAUAAACUAGCCAAGACCCUCC